CAAACAUCAUCUGAUUGUCAAUGUCAGAUGAGUAAUAUAAACAAACCCUGAAAUGAUCAAAACUUAAAGCCCACAAUGAUUGUAAAUGAAAUUUUUCAGGUCCUCACUUUGGUGAGAACUGAUAAUUUAGUGAAGUCUAUAUUUUCAAUAACUGUGAUUUUUUGUUGUAUCUUCGCUUUUGUAGCAAGUCCACUUGCUGCAUCAAUUCUAUUUUUAAAUUAUAUACUGGGAAUCAUCGUAUGUUGGGUUUUAACGAAAUAUCAGGAUUUUGCCUCGUUUUAUUUACAAAGAUUCGUCAGCUUUUAUAGAAUGCGUGUGGCUUUAGAUAAAAGCGACCAACUUGUUUGCAACAUCUGUAAUGGAAAGAAUUGUUCGAGGCAUAAAAUAGCAAAAAGGACUUUACCAUGGAAGAAAUUUAAAAUAAAUAAAAAAUUAAACUCUUCAGUUAUACACUUUUAUGAAAAAUUAAUUGAAAACUUUGUGGAAUCUUGGUACGGAACGUUCACAAAUGACACAUCAUUUUUAAAUGAAAUCAAAUAUUCCCUUCGUUAUGCUACAGCUAGCGCUGCAUGUAAAAUAUCAGAAAUAGAUGUUGGAUCUUUAAUAGCAAAUAAAUUAAUUCCUUGCGCUAUUAAACACAUCGAUGAUUAUUUAUGUAUGCAACAAAUAGCGAAAUUAAAAAGCGUCCAUUUCGAUAAAAUUACUGCUGAAUACCUCGGUAGACGUUUACACAUUGCGGUUACAAACAGACAAAAAGAAAUAAGUUAUUUACGACAUUUAACUGAAUGUUUAAUGCCGAAUCUUUUACCUGAAGAAUAUCUUAAAUGCAGUAAUUACUCAAUUUUAUUAAGAGAAUUAUUUGCUGGAUGGAUUUUAUUACCGAUAACGGAUGCUUUGGCUCAUCCAAAUAUAAUUAAUCAAUUAGUUAUUAUUGGAUUAACAUAUAAAAGUAAAGAUAUUAAACCGCAACAUGAUGAAGAGGUUGAGAUGUUGAGUGAUUUUAUUAAAAAAGAUUUUAAAUUUUCUACUUUAGCUUCUAAUAUGAAAGAUGUAUUAAAAGAUAGCUCUAUACUUUAUCAUUUUAUGCAGUUUUUAAAAAGAGAAGGAAAUGUGCAUUUAUUACAAUUUUGUUUAGAUAUAGAGGAAUUUAAUAAUAAAUUAAUAACACCUGAUUUAUCAAAAAGACAAUUAGAAAGUUUACACGUCGAAGCUUAUAAUAUUUAUAAGAUUUAUAUAAACGAUUGUAGUCCUGAUUAUAUUGGAUGUCCCCAAGAAAUAAGUAAAGCUUUCAGUGAACUUUUAGAAGGUGGGAUGUAUAAUGUUGCUCGAUUAAGAACAUCAGAACCUUUAUUUCAAGCUUAUGAUUAUGCUUAUAGUGUAUUGGAAAGCGAAUAUUUACCAGAUUUUCAUCAUAGCAAUGAGUUUUAUAAUUAUUUAUGUGGUUCCAAAGUAAACGCUUCUUAUAAAAAAUCCGCAAUUAAAAAUAAUGCUAUAUCUGGAUCACCUAUUAAAAUUCGGUCUCGAAAAUAUUAUGAAACAGGGGCGAAUCAAGGAACUGUAGCAAAGAUUAGUAGCGGUUUGGGGAAACUAAAAGGUGUCUUACAAACUAAACAACCCAUUGAAGGUUAUUAUACGCCGGAAAGUCACGCUUAUGAAAGCGAUGCGUCUCAUUUUAUCGAUGAGGUUGUACCCCAAACGCCAGUUAGUCGAGAUUUGAGUACUUGGAGAAUUUCUAUUCACGUUAAAUACUUACAACAUAACAGAUCAAUGCAGGUUUUUAUAAUAACAGUUGACCGUUUAGAUGCAACAGAUCCAUUAAGUAAAGAACUAAAAUCAUGGGCUAUUCAAAGAAAAGAUAAUGAUUUUUUCUUAUUAAAAGCGAAAUUAAUAGAAUUUCAUGGAGAAAGUGUUAUUGCAGAUCAUUUAUUGCCAUCUAAAAGAAGUUUGUGUAACGCUGAUGCUGAAACUCGUCGACAAAAAUACGAUUAUUUUUUAAAACAACUCCUUCAAAAACCUUCGCUAAAAAGCAGUGAUUUACUUUACAUGUUUUUAACAAGCGAACAAAAUUUUGCGGAAAUUAUGUUAUCCUCAGUGACGAGUGUGGAUUUAGAAAAUAUUUAUCAAUCGGUUACGUAUAAAUUGCGUAAAGAAAAAGGACAACAUUUAGAUUCUUUCAUGAAUACUUUUAUAUUAUCUUUAGGGAAAGUUAAAUAUAGUAGUAAAGUAGAGUGGGCUCAACUUGUCGAUGAAGUUGAAAACGUAGAAAGCAAUGUUGUUUAUCCCAAAACGUAUAAAAACGUUACAUUUGGAGAUAAUUAUGAAGUUUUUGAUCGAAAAAUUCAUGAUGGUUCAUCCAGUUCAUUUACACCAAUAGGAAUUUGUGAAUCUUUAUUUUACUUAUUAAAACAUAGCUUUAAAGUUCGUUAUAGCGUUUUAAAAUUAUACACAGCGAUAUGUAAUAUUGGUCGACAAGCCUUUGAAUCUUUAUGUAGAAUCUUAAUUGAACGUAAAAUUAAAUCUGCUUUAUGUCAACCGAAUUUAGCGAGUUUAGUGGAAUUAUUGGAAGGAAUAGUUUUUGAUAGAACUAAAAAAAGUCAUCACAAUCCACAAACAGAAAGUCGAAAUAGUGAAGAACAAAGAGAGAAAGCUUUCGAGCUUUUAAAUGCAUCCAUUCCAAAUUGGUUGCUUAAAAUUUUAGGUAACGAUUUUAAACAUGGCUUAAAAAGUUUAUUGGAAAUAUUACAAAAUCCUUUGUAUAAUAAACAGUUGGUUUAUAAUCUUUUGGAUAUAAUCAUAGUGGAAAUGUUUCCACAUAUAGACUCAAUUGAAAAUGAAUCUGAAUAUUCCACUGUAUAAGGCAACCUUUAAAUAAAAUAUUUUUAAGCUAAAUUAAGGAUUAUUCUAGUCUUUUGUAUUGAAUCAUCAAUCCAAGUUUUUAAAAACUUUAUGAAAAUAAGAUAUAUUAAAACUAAGGUUAUUUUAAGUUUU